AUGGCUUAUUUAUUUUGCAUGUAAAAUUAUUGAUGUUAUCUUCCUUGUUUGACUGGUUUGCUCCACUAGGCUAUAAUUUACAUUUCAGGAGAAGCGGAUGCAUUUUCCAUAGAACAGAAGGUAAGUGAUGUGGAAACCCUCAUAAAAGUGACUGGAUUUACAUUGGAAGAUGUCGCUGCCAGAGCAAUUUGCGAACAAUCUGGAAAAAACACUAAAAAAACCUCCUGGAUUUGGCACUUUUCCAUUUACUGUGCUAGUAAUCGGAUUGGAAUUCUUAAUGGAUCGGGAAUUUUCGUGCCCAUGUACCCCGGGUCUUAACGUGACACUGAUCAGUUUCGUCUUUCUUGGACCUUCUCUUCUGGCUCUGGCUGUGAUGAUGUUCAUUCGAAGGCCUUGCAGACGUAAAUCGAAGAACCUAGCAGAGCUUUUUUUGUUUUGUCUGAUUCCACCUUCAUUGUGGGUCUUUCUGUUGUUGUUUGAGGGUAAAUAUGUCGCUUGUGGCAUGGCACACUGGGAAGGAGAUUACGUGCUGAAUGAAGAACUCCAGAUAAAAUGGUGCAAACCCACUGGAGUGAACGCAACAGACCUGCUAGAACUGACCGAAAAACUCAUUUUCUACUCAAGGCUUUCAGCUUUAGCUCUACUGUCAGUCCUCUGUGUUUCCGUCAUGGCUGCCGUCAUUUAUAGAGACUGUAAGAGCAGAACUUUGGAGCAACUGAAUAAACAUGAUAAACCAACACAACAAACAUCUCCCAGCAGCUCAGAAGUGGAAGAGCAGCACCCGUCUGCCUAA